CAACGCGUGCGUUAUUGGGAGCAGCGAGCAAGACGAAGAAUGGAGAGAAGCCGCCGCCCGUUGCAUUGACUGAAAAGGAGAAACGGAAACAAAGGAAUAUUAGGCAUGGGGUUAUCGGUGUUACUACAGGUGUUUUGUUAGGAGGGAUGUACUGGAUUGGUGGGAGGUUUGGAAGAGAUCAGUUUAGGAUUCCGCAAAGAGUACAAUAUUUGCAACUGUAUGGUAGAGUGUUACCGGCUAGUUGGCCGAUAAUGGCGAUGAUGACAAUGAUGAUGUCUGCUCCGUAUAAAUCGUUAAGAACUCGCAAGAGAUGCAUAAUGCGUUAUGGAUACAAUCUAGGCUAUAACGGUGUCACUAACUGGCACAGAAGAAAUGGCCUUGCGAGCUGA